UACUAAUUACACAUUGAAAGUGUAUGUUGUACCAUGUAUAUACUAACAAAAAUAAAAUUUUUACUAGUACUUACAUACAAAAGUGGAGUAUAUCACUGAUUACUAAAUACCUGAAACAAUGAUUUAUAUACUGUGAAUACCUUACUGCUAUGGGACUGUUUUUUGUUUUUGUCAAUUAACUUUUAGUUCCUUCUACUCUGCCUGAUCUCUUAGCCAUUUUAUUAUACUCUUACAGUCUCUUCCUUUCCUUUCCUUUCUCCUUUUUCUUUUCCUUUCUCUUUUUUUUUUGUUUCUUUCUUUUUUGAAAGAGACAAGGUUUCUCUUUGUUGCCUAGGCUGGAGUUCAGUGGCAUGAUCGUAACUCAUAGUAACUUUGAACUUCUGGGCUCAAGCAAUCCUACUGCCUCAGCCUCUCAAAUAGCUGGGACUACAGGCAUGUGCCACCACACCUGGCUAAUUUGUAAAUUUUUUUAGAGAUCGGAUCUCUUGUUGCCCAAGCUGGUCUCAAAACUCCUAACCUCAAAAUCAGUCCUCACACCUCAGCUUCCCAAAGUGUUGAGAUGACAGGCGUGAGCCACUGCGCUCGGCCUACUCUUACAUUCUUUUACAGAAGAUUAUUCCUGGGGAAAUAAAAUGGCAUUUUGCAUAUAGCUACAGGUGUUACUUAUAAAUUUGCCCUUUAUCUUAGAACUUCAGUGAUUAUAAUAGUGUAAAUACAGUAAGUUUAGAAGAUGACAAAGCUGUGGUAGUAUUUCCUAUACAAAUGAAAUAAUGACUUUUAAAAUAGCAUUGAUUAUUGUCAUCUUUAAGGCAUAUUUGUAUACAAAACAUACCAAACCUGCGCUUGUGUGGCGACAUGAAACUGCUCACCCACAAUCUGCUGAGCUCGCAUGUGCGGGGGGUGGGGUCCCGUGGCUUCCCCCUGCGCCCCCAGGCCACCGAGGUACGUAUCUGCCCUGUAGAAUUCAACCCCAACUUUGUGGCGCGUAUGAUACCUAAGGUGGAGUGGUCGGCAUUCCUGGAGGUGGCAGAUAACUUGCGCCUGAUCCAGGUGCCUAAAGGGCCGGUUGAGGGAUAUGAGGAGAAUGAAGAGUUUCUGAGGACCAUGCACCACCUGCUGCUGGAAGUGGAAAUGAUAGAGGGCACCCUGCAGUGCCUGGAAUCUGGACGUAUGUUCCGCAUCAGCCGCGGGAUCCCCAACAUGCUGCUGAGUGAAGAGGAAACUGAGAGUUGAUUGUGCCAGGCUCCAGUUUUUCUUGUUAUGACUGUGUGUAUUUUUGUUGAUAUAUACCCUGUUGCCGAAUUCUGCCGUGUGUAUCCCCAACCCUUGACCCAAUGACACCAAACACACAGUGUUCUUGAGCUCUAUAUUAUAUAUUUUUUUCUCAUUAAAGGUUCAAAACCAAAAAAAAAAAAAAAA